GAGAUAUUGCAUAUCAUCCAUUCUUCAUCUUCCGAGAUAAGCUUACGACCAUUCUACUUUCAUCAUUGACUUCUCAUACUGGUUUUGUAAUUGAAAGUAGGGAGGUUAUCCUAAAAAGGCUUCAAGAAGCUUUGAAGGCUAAAACUUAUCUUCUUGUUCUUGAUGAUGUAUGGAACGAAGAUGUUUCCAAAUGGGAAGACUUUAUAAACUCUAUAUCAGGAGUCACUUCCACUGAGGGAGACGGCAUUAUCAUCACUACAAGGAGUCAAAAGGUUGCUUUGAUUGUGAAUCCACUUGAAAUUCAUUCAUGAAAUGGCUUGUCACAUGUAGACUGUUGGUCCGUUAUCACAGCAAAAGCCUUUUAUGAAAAUAGAGAAGUUCCAUCAGGAUUUGAGAGGAUUGGGAAAAAGAUUGCUGAAAGAUGUCAGGGCUUGCCCUUAGCUGCCAAUGUUGUCGGUGGUGUGCUUCGCUCUAAGUCCAAAGAAGAGUGGCACUUCAUCAAUGAAAACUGGCUUUCAAAUGACGACGAAGCUCAAAAUAUCGUAAAAAUACUUAAAUUGAGUUUUGAUCAUCUGUCUCAACCAUCACUCAAGAAGUGCUUCGCCUACUGUUCAAUUUUCUCCAAAGGUGAGGAAAUGGAGAAGCAAAAAGUGAUUGAGCUAUGGAUGGCAGAAGGGUUUCUUCAACUUGACGAAAGAUAUGAGAUGGAGUCUGUAGGCAAUAAGUUUUUCAAUGUUCUUCUACAGAACUCUUUGUUGAUAGUUGCACAAAGAGAUAUUUAUGGAGACGUUUGGAGUUGUGUGAUGCACGAUCUUGUGCAUGAUCUUGCAUCUUCUAAUUUGAAUGGUUCUCAUAAUGUAGAUGGCAUCACCCCAGUUCAAUACAUGGUUCACGAGGAAGCAAGUCCUAUUCCAAAAGAAGUGGCAAAGCAUUUGCGUAAAUUAUUCUUCAAAGGUGUAACUUCCGUUUCCAUGUUCUCAAACUUUGAAUGUCUACACAAUCUAAGUCUUACUAGUAGUGAUUGUACAGAGUUGCCCAAUUCAAUUAGGGAGUUGAUACAUUUGAGAAAUCUUAAUAUUUCAAAUACAAGAAUUGAAAACUUGCCAGAGUGGAUUGGUGAACUCUAUCAGUUGCAAACAUUAAGAGCAUUGUGUUUGCCCACACAAAAAAUGCCAAGUACGUUGAAGUAUUUGAUUAAGUUAAGGCAUCUUCAUAUCGACUCUCGUGUAGAGUUGCCUGCGGAUAUGGGGAGAUUAACUUGUCUCCAGACACUCAUACACUUUAGAGUGGGCAAAGAGAAGGGAUAUCAAAUUAAAGAGCUCGGAAGUUUGAGGAAUCUCAAAGGAAGAUUAGAGAUUCGUAAUCUUGAAAGGGUGCGUGAUAAGGAAGAGGCUAUAAAAGCAAAUAUGUUUGAGAAGUCAAACUUAUCUUAUUUGGUGUUUCAUUGGAAUGAGCAGAGAGGAGAUGAAAGUAGAAGUGAUGAGAGUGUGUUGGAAGGCCUCCAACCCCAUGAGAAUGCAAAUCUGAAUGUGUUGAAAAUUGAAGGGUUCAAUGGCAAAAGAUUUCCGACAUGAACUCAAAAGAUGGCAGUAUGGGAUGGUCUUCAAGGCUCUUAUGUACCACUGGACAAGUUGUUUAGUAUAACAUUCAGGAAGGGCACAGAAUGUGAGGAAAUCCCAAUGCUUGAGCACUUGCCAAAUCUCAAAUCUCUUAUUUUCCAGGUAUUGAAGAAGGUGAGGUUCAUAAAUUGUUCAUCCAAUCAUUUAAAAGACUUCACUAUAAGUGGAUUAGAGCGAAUGGAGUGCUUGCCAGAUGGAUUAUUUUAUAACAAUCGCAAUCUCUCGAACUUGAUGAUAUACGAAUGCCCUCUGUUGAGAGAGUUGCCGGAUGGACUGGACACCCUCAAUUCUCUAGAGCAAUUAUAUAUCAGGGAUUGUCCAAAUCUGAAGUCGAUCGGGAAUCCAAGUUUACAGUCACAGGGAAUCCUCACUAGUUUGAGGCUGUGGAUUUCAGGGUGUGGAGAGCUGAAGGAAUUUCCAUGCGAAAUGCUAGAGUCGUGGGCGCCCUCAGUCUAAUAUCUUGAAUUGAGGAGGUUAAGAAGCUUAAAUAAUCUACUGGAGCUAAUUAACUGUCUAUCCAAAUCAUCACCUCGUCUCGCUGAAAUGACAAUUCUUGGCGUUCCUAAUUUUAUGGCUAGUAGUCUUGGUUUUGAGAGUUGGGGUGUAGGCAGCUUGAAGGAGUUAAAGAUAGAAGUGAGUGUGGAGUGGUCAGAAGAGAAGAGUGUUUCCAUUAAACAUAGUGUUGAUGUGUUAUUGGAAGGAUGUUGCAACUCACUUACUUAAAGUUGAAGGGAAUGCAAAAGUGGGAGUGGAUACCUCAAUCAAUUCAACAUCUCACUGCUCUUGAUUGGUUAAGGUUAGAGAACAUAGGAUUGGAAGAAUUGCCCCAUUGGUUUUGGAACCUCUCAUCUCUAACAAGGUUGUCACUAUAUAGCUGCAACAAACUGAGGCAUCUACCCUCUGUGGAUGCACUAAUUCCCCUCACUAAAUUAGUUUGGUUAGAAAUUAAAGAUACAUAUUGAUUCUGAGUGGCGUAACAAUGACACUGUCUACGUUGAUGGCCGUUCUCUUGCAGCAGCGUAAGCAUGGUAGCAGCCGCUCUCUUGCAGCAGCGUAAGCAUGAAGAAUAUGACAAGAGUUGUGUGGAUGCUAUCAAUCUCAGAUGCAUCCUCUAUCUUCCGUUGGGAUGAUCUUGAUAUGAUAAGUAAUGGAUUCGAGGACACCUGCAAGAGCGUCGCCCUCAAUGAUGCUGUAGGUGUGUGUCAAGUUCUCCUUGUCAAUGGCCUCCACGCGGUGCU